GCUGUUGGUGUUACGUUUGUUUGAAAAUCAAACGGCAACUGAAGUUUGUUGGUUUGCUUGGAAAUCCGUUUGCUGCAAUGCAUGUACGAUUGUAAAUAAUAUUCGGAUAUUAAGUAUAAGCGGGCACACGUCGUGUCUGAAGCCAGAAGAUUAUCAAGAACGACAAAAGUAAAUUAGAUUUAUUUUAUUUUUGUCGGAAAAUUGUCUAAUAAAUAAUGGCUACGAUUCGAGUGCACGAGGAUCAAGAAAACCGCAUUGCCGAUAUCUUUCGUGGUAAAGAAAAUAUCGUUGUGCCCGCUCAAAAUCAAGUCCUGCAACAAACAAAACGCGCGGUUUUGGGUGUUUUGCAUAAUAAUUGCCAUCGAAUUGUUAAAACAGAUAUCUGCAAAGAUGAAAAGCAUCCAAAAGCAAAAUCUAUUGUGACAGUGCCAUUUGAACCAUUCAAAAUUUAUGAGGACAAAAAGGAUGAACCUGCCUUUAAAGUUUAUGAAGAUAAAUUGGAAGAAGAAACUUCAGUUGUACUUAGGGAUUCGAAAGAGGAGAGAGAAAUAGUAACAAAACAAGAAGUGACUGUUCAAUCGGAACAAAAAAAGCCGAGGUUAGACAUAAAUUCGUUAUCUAUCAACGAUCUGCCAAUAUUUUGCAACAAUCUUCAAGAAAUAAUAAAAAGCAAGCAAGAUGAUGCUUUGCCGCAAGGUAGCCCAAUGUCAUUGGAUAAAUCUCUUUUGUUCCCGAAUUCUUCGAAUAAAGAUAAUAGAACAAAUAAGGAAUCAUCCAGAGAACUUAGAAUUAAUUUCUUUGACGUAGAAGAAUAUAGGGCAGAUAUAUAUAGUUAUUUACGUGUUGCAGAGAGACAACAUAGACCAAAACCUGGUUACAUGAAAAAGCAGCCAGAUAUAACAUAUUUAAUGAGGUUGAUAUUAGUAGACUGGCUUGUUGAAGUAGCAGAAGAAUAUCGAUUACAAACAGAAACAUUGUAUUUGGCUGUUUCUUAUAUAGAUAGAUUCUUAUCAUAUAUGAGUGUCGUUCGGGCAAAGUUGCAGCUCGUUGGUACUGCUGCUAUGUUUAUAGCUGCAAAAUACGAAGAAAUUUAUCCACCAGAUGUUGGUGAGUUUGUAUAUAUUACGGAUGAUACAUAUACCAAGAAACAGGUAUUGCGAAUGGAACAUUUGAUUUUAAGGGUAUUGUCUUUUGAUCUUACUGUACCGACACCUUUGGCAUUUCUUAAAGAUUAUUGCAUUAGUAAUAAUCUGUCAGAAAAGAUCAAAUUUUUAGCAAUGUACUUGUGUGAAUUAUCUUUACUCGAAGCUGAUCCAUAUCUGCAAUAUUUACCAAGUCAUUUAGCUGCAUCUGCAGUCGCACUUGCACGGCAUACAUUGCAAGAAGAAACAUGGCCACAUGAAUUGGAAUUAUCAACAGGUUAUAGCUUACAUGAGCUUAAAGAUUGUGUUUCUCACCUGAAUAAAACAUUUCAUAAUGCAUCUAAUAUUCAGCAACAAGCAAUACAAGAAAAAUAUAAAAGCAGCAAGUAAAUACAAACAAAUAUGGACAUGUAGCUCUUUUACUGCCACGUAGUUCUGAAGCUUUGGUGUAUGAAGAUGAAGAAAGUGCAUAGAGAAAUCUGUUAAAACAGUUUCACUGAAUAAUACUAUAAACUUAUACAUAAUUAACGAACCUCCCGUAAUAAAGUCCACGUUCUGAAAAAGUUACAAGGAGGGAAUAGGGCAAGACUGAUUAACUAUUCCACAAAUGGAAAUAUCGAUUGCUAGCAUUAUUUAAUAUGUUCGAUUCGCGUACUCUUUUUCUCUUUUUCUUUCUCUUCUCUCCUCUCUCUUUUUUCUCUCUCUCUCUCUCUCUCUCUCUCUCUCUCUUUCUCCCUCUCCCCCCCCCCCCCCUCUCUCUCUCUCUCUCUCUUUGCCUAAGCGAACAUAUUAACUUUACAUAUUCCAUAUUACGCCACUAUGAAUAAUUGUUAACAAUUGUGGCCAAACUUUAAUGACUGUUUUCCGAGCUUCAUCAUUAUAUUAACGAGGAAGCUCUGCAUUACGUUAUCUAGAAAUGGUAUUUUUAUAAGUGUUUUUUUUAGAUAAUUCUUAACCAAACGCACUUGCUAUUCAAAAUACGCAUGUCCAAAAUUUUAUUGCCAGUGAACUGUAAUAAGAAUAAGAAUUGUAAGAGUAAUAACUGUAUUUAUUAAAUGAACAUUAUAUUAUUUGAUACAUAUUGUUGCAGUUGCAACAUGUCAUUUAAAUAUCUGUAAAAUUUAUUGCAACGCUAACAAAUUUUCUAUACUGUACAGUUAUUUAUUUACAAUGCUAUAAGUACUUUAACUCAGAAUUUAUAUAAUUUGCAUGAUUAAAUUUUGACAAAAGGACGACUUCCGCAUUUAGCUAUGGAUUUUUUCGUUCAGGUACUUUGUAGGUCAUGUCUGUACAAAGAAAAUCUUUUAAUUGCAUGAUGUAAUAUAUUACAUAUUACACACUUCAAAUAUUAAUUAAAUUAUAACAGGAUGAUGACAGAAUACUUUAUGAAAGUAUAACAUCAAAAUGUUUAUUGAAAUUAAUGAUAUUUUGGACCAAAAAUAUGGUAAUUUUACAAUGUUAUAUUAUAUACAACAUGAUCUAUGUAAACGUGUACUCGACAUCUAAAACUGCCCAAGUAUUCCCUUCAAUGUGUAUGUACAAACGGAAAUCUGUGCUGUUAUAAAUUUGCAAGUAAAAACGUCAAAUGAUUUUAUAUUAUCAUAAUAAUACAUUAAAUUUUCUGUAUGUAAAAAUGAAUCUCUUUCUACUCUAUGCUAUUUUAAAUAUCAUUAAUAUUUGCACAAGUAAGAAAUAGAAUGAUUUAUGCAGUAAUGUUAUUGUACUUAAAAAAAAAAAAAAAAAAAGAAAAAGAGAAAAAAAAAAGAAAAAAAAAUGACAACGUUUUCACGAUAUAUAUACAUAU